AUGGAAUUGUUAUAUGCUCUGUUUAUACUCCACGCAGCUAGUGUUAUCGCAUUCAGAGCUCACUUUAAUCCAAGUAGAGACAAGUUUGCUGUCUUUGCAAAGAAUUCAUAUUUUGAUAUUAAGAAACGUUUUCAACGUCGUGCAAGGAGGUUGAAACAAAUUAUUCCUCCGACGGUCAGAAGGCUGGAUAGAAUGGAAGAAAACGCGGCAAGGUACAUUCAAAAGGAUCAGAAGGUUCGUUUUGGUGAAAGACUCUCCCAGAUUCCUGGCGAUGGAGGUAUGAUACCUGGACUUAAAAGUACUAGUAAUGCUCCUGAAGCUGUAGUUAAUUACUACAAGAGUUAUUUUUUUGACAAAAAGAAGAGGAUACCCUGUGAACUUGAUAAAAACUAUGACCUCUUCAGGGAAAAUGAAUGGGAAAACAUACAGCGAAUUAUUAGGGAUCCACAAAAAACUUUUGGGUGCUUCGAGGGCAAGGAACCAGUUAUGAACGAACCAUUCUAUAAGCCCAUGGAGAAGUUUGAACCUAAUGAAGAAUAUAAGCGGGCUACAUUUAGAAAACUUGUCAAAAAAACUGUGACAGUUGAAAUACCCGAAAAACUCAAGAGGAAUCAAGGGUAUUAUGGAUUAGUUGUGGAAAGUAUUUUCAGUAAAAUCAGCAAGGAAGAAAUGGAUAGACUGAGGCUGAUGGAAAUUAAUAUGAAAAUGGGAAACUACAAGUACGAUAAGAACAUUUAUGGAACCGAUGAUGACGACACUCUAGAAGAAUUGCCUACCAUGUAG